CAGAGCACCUAUACCUACUAAUAGACUAAGAAGUACGUACAAGUCGUACGUACAUACGGAACGAGCCGUCACGAAGUUACAUGCAUCCUUACUUUUUUUAUUUACAACAGAAAUAAGUUAAAUAAAUAUAUUUCUUUAAAAAUGACAGUAGAUUUAGGCUUCGUGGAAACAUGCGAAUCGUGGCGAUUAGAGAGUAGAUUUUUCCCAAGUAAAGUGGGCGGUAAACCAGCGUGGCUUAAUUUAAGAGAUAUUCCCGGAGAAAAGGAUCUUCAGUGCGAAUAUUGUAAAGAACCUUGUAUCUUUUUAUGCCAAAUUUAUGCUCCAUACGAAGAUAAUGAAACUGCUUUUCAUAGAACGAUAUAUAUUUUUAUAUGUAAGAAGCCAGAUUGUUGUAAGUUGAACAAAAACGGAAAUUUAAAGGUUUUUCGAUCUCAGUUAGCAAGAGUAAAUGAGUUUUAUCCAGCUGAACCGCCUAUAGAGGACAACGAUUGGAGAAGUGACAUCAAUGUAGAUCAAUGGGUGAAAACAUGUUAUGUUUGUGGAAUAUUAGCCCCUAAUCAUUGCGCUAAAUGUAAACAUAUAAAUUAUUGUUGUCGAUCUCAUCAACUUUACGACUGGAAAUGUGGUCACAAAGAAUCUUGCGGUAGUAACGAGGGCACCACAAGGAACAGUCAACUUUUAUUCCCUGAAUAUGAAAUUACAAUAGAACCAGAGGAUGAGAAAGAAGACUAUGAUACAAAUACUUUUGAAAAAGAUGAGGAAGAAACUAAAAAGUAUGAAACAAUGGUAAAAAACGGCGAAGCAGGAACUUUUCAAAAUGAGGAUGUGCAAAAUGAAUUAUUAUGUUUGGCUAAUCAAAACGAAGAUGAAACAUUUUCCAAAUUUCGUAUGAUUAUCGAUAAAUAUCCAGAUCAAAUUUUAAGGUACAGUAGAGGAGGACAAAUUUUAUAUAUUUCAAAAGAAAAUUACGUCGGUGAAAUACCAAAAUGUUGGAACUGCAACGAAGAAAGACAAUUUGAAUUUCAGAUUAUGCCACAACUAUUAAAUUUCCUCGGUUUGGAAAAUACUCUUAAAUGCAUUGACUGGGGUAUUUUAAUGAUAUUUACAUGUAAAAAGUCAUGUAUACCUAAAUAUGGAUACAGUACAGAAUAUAUAUGGAAGCAAGACAUUGUAGAAAAUAAUCUAGAUAAUGUGUCAUAGGAGUGUAAGAAAAAAUAUUUAAUUAUAUUGUAACAAAAUUGUACAGUGGUAUAAGACAAUAUUAUGGUAUUUGGACAAAUAACAUAUUUUUAUUAUUUACAGUGAAAUAUAUUUUUAUUUUGGUAACAAG